GAAACCAGUUUAAGACGGUGCGGUUGUGCGGUCGGAUGUUGAGUGGAUUUGAGAUUUUUAAAAAUAAAGGCUGUAAAUUCUUUCGAUUCUUUUCAUGUCUGGCUAGAGGUAUUUUAGUUUGGUUUUAUUAUUUAGAAAUAAAAGUGCGUUUAUUUUGUUGUGUAUCUUGCCUAGCCAGAGUUUACUGGGACCAAAACAGUCAGGAUGUCAGACUUUUCUGUGAAUGACCAUCUUGAGGGGAUAUUGUCCGACUUUGAAGCUCUGAAAAGAUCCUUCGACAUUGAGGAUGUGGACGAUAUCCCCACUUUCUCUCCCACGGCCACUCUCAGUUCACCUUUCAGCCCUGGCCCCAUCUUAAACAAGACCAAUGAAGGAAGAGGGCAAACAACACACAUUUCCCCAUCCUACCAAUCACGGAUCAGUAUCGGCUCAAACCCCUCUCCAAGUCCAGUGAUGAAGAAUAAAAUGAACACCAGCUUAUCCUUUAAUCGUGGCACCAUGGCUAUAGCCAAAACCAAUGGAAACAUGGGUCCAGGAAUCACUAGGGUCUCAUCUUUCCAGAGCAAAUUCAACCCAAAUGGGUUCACCUCUUGCUCCAGUCCUGGGAGUGAUAAUGACAGCCUGCAUAGCUCCUCCUCCAGCCUGGAGUAUCAGGCCUCCUCCAAGAUGAGCUCCUAUGCCAGCCCUCCCCAGAGCCCAAUGGGCAUGAGUGAGUACAAAGCCCUGCGUUUGGGGAGUCCUGCACUGAAGAAGUUCUCCUCCCAUGGCAACAUGUUUCAUUCCGAAGUUGGGCCACCCUUAGUCAUUGCUGCUGAGCCCAUUGGUGUCAACCAUGUGUCCAUGCCAUCGCUGGACCUCCACAUUGCAGAGAACAGGACCAUCAGGAGCACAGUCUCUCCAGGUCUUCGAUACGGAAACUCUGGAGUUUCCUGGGGCUCAUCUCCUCAACAGCCGAAGCCCACUGGUCUUGUAAGGGAACCAUCUUUUUCAUCUAGCCACCAACCCCCUAAACUGAGGGAGUCUGUUCGUCUCAACAAAUUCCCUCUUGAUCUGGACAGUCUAGUGUCUCAGCCUCAAGAAACUCCUGUGGAACCUCCUCCCUUCAUUCCAAUGCCACCUCCAAGGUCUAACUUCAAACUGAGUAGCCUUUCUAGCUCUGCCAGUCCUUCACUAUCGACUAACAGCCUGGAUAGCACAGACACAGGGUCCACUCAUGAGCAUAUUGAAAAUACAGAGUCCAUGUCUGCCCCUGAAUCCAUUCCUGUCCCUAGUGUCAGUGAGUCUCCCGUUCCUCUCUCUCCUGCACAGACCCCACAGCUCAAGCUGGCCUCACAGCCACAGGUGGUACAGCUUAGCCCAGUGUCCUCCCCUCUGCCCAGUCAGAUGGGCAUCGUCAGUGACCCUGAACAGGAAGUGGCAACGGUAAAGGAGAGUGUGGGGUCCAUACUGCAGAGGAUUGCCUCCUUCUCAAGAGCUGAAAAGCCAUUCCCCGGACCCAUGGAAAACCACUAUUGCAACAGGGUGGAGAAAGAGGUGUCACCAGUGCAACACCAGAUGUUCAAGAAGGGAGAGGACGUGUCCCAAGGCCUAGAGCCUCAAGUACAGAUGGCGGAGACGGAGGCGGAGCCAGUGGAGCAGCUCCCAUGUGCCAGCGGGCCCACCGCUGAUGGCCUCAUCAUGGGCCGCAGUCCCUUCGGCUACGUGGGCAUAGAGGCCGUACUGGACCAGAUGAGACGCAAGGCCAUGAAGACCGGCUUUGAGUUCAACAUCAUGGUCGUUGGUCAGAGUGGUCUUGGAAAGUCGACCCUGGUGAACACAUUAUUCAAAUCCAAAGUGAGCCGGAAAUCUUGCACACCAAAUUAUGAGGAGAAGAUUUCUAAGACUGUGAACCUGCAGUCUAUCAGCCAUGUCAUCGAAGAGAAAGGAGUGAAAAUGAAGCUUACUGUGAUUGACACUCCAGGUUUCGGAGACCAGAUAAACAAUGAGAACUGUUGGGAGCCCAUAGUGAAAUAUAUCAAUGAGCAAUAUGAGAAGUACCUGAAGGAAGAGCUCAAUAUCAACAGGAAGAGGCGAAUCCCAGACACUCGUGUCCACUGCUGUGUGUAUUUCCUACCCCCCACCGGACACUGGUUACGUCCCUUAGAUGUGGAGUUCAUGAAGAGGCUGGGUAAAAUAGUGAGCAUUGUCCCUGUCAUUGCCAAAGCCGACACACUUACCUUGGAGGAGAGACACGAGUUCAAACAGAGGAUUCGACAUGACCUCCAGGCCAAUGGAAUCAGAGUGUACCCCCAAAAAGAGUAUGACGAAGAUGCAGAGGACAGGAUACUGAAUGAUAAAAUCAGGGAAAAGAUCCCCUUUGCUGUGGUGGGAACAGACAAAGAACACCAGGUGAAUGGAAACAAGGUCCUGGGGAGGAAAACAAAAUGGGGCAUCAUUGAAGUUGAAAAUGUUGCACAUUGCGAGUUUGCCAACUUGAGAGAUCUACUCAUCAGGUCUCACUUGCAGGAUUUAAAGGACGUCACACACAACAUCCAUUACGAAAUCUACAGAGUUCGGAGGCUCAAUGAAAGCAAUGUAAACGGAUUAGGACUUUCACCUCUGACCCCAGUGAACGGCACCGUGGACAAGAGUGACGCGGAGAGCAACCUCUGAGAACGGAGGGAGGAAAUGGAAGAUGAUUCUGAUUACUGCUCUUCCGUCUCAUCCCUCUCUCCUGCCCUCUUCACCUCUUCCAUACGAAGGCCACUGUGCCACACCCGCAAAAAUCGGAACAGAAAUGCUUGAAACAGAAAUGUUGCAUUGGAGAGAGCGUUGAGUGUAGAAAAUAUGAGUAAGUGUCUCUUCCCUCAGUUUGUAUGUAUAGACAUGCAAAGGCGUAUGUACGUGUGGAUCAUGAAGUCUGUUAUGGCUCGGAGAAAAUAAGCAGUGGCCAGAAUUGAAGCGAAUGCUGACCUUCAGUAGAAAGUUAUGGAAAAGGAUGCUUCGAUUGCAGCAUAGCUUUGUGCCCGUAUAGACGGCACAUCAUGCAUACAGUAACUUCUCAUAGCUUGUGGCUAUGACUCCUUAUAGCCUUCGUGUAUGCCACCUAGAUUGAGACCUAUUGAAUUGUAACCAGUAAAAAGACUGAUGCAGGGGAAAGGGUUUUAACUAUGGCUUCUAAUCUAUUUACAUCACAUUUUUAGAUCAAAUGAAUACAGCGUAAUGCUUCCUCUAGUUGUCUCUUUGACCUUGUGAGGUUCCAAAACAUUGAGGUUAAUUUGAAAAUGUAAUUCUGUUGCUUUUUUGUUUUUGUUAUAUGAUUGCUUUAGCCAUCGCAGCUGUUGAAUUUCUGAUAUGUCCCUGAAAAAUUCCAUUAAAGCUUUGAAACCAGAGAUAAUGAAUACCAAUAAAUUUUGAUACCAA